UACAGAGCAGCCAAUCGCAGAAGCUCUGGAGGCUUAAAAGAGCUGGACAGGCUGGGGACAGCCCAAGGGGGAGACCCAUAGACUCACAGACACGGGACAGACAGGACGGAGAGGCCAAGACAAAGGCACGGCGCGGCGAGGCAGGGCCAGACAGAGUCAUAGAGAGAGACCAGAGAAGCUGCAGAAGACACGGGCAGGGAGACAAAGAUCCAGGAGAGGGGAGCGCAGGAUCAGAGAGACCCGGAGCAGCAGACCCCGGGACACCUCCCCUAAGCCUAAGGGAUAGAUUCUCUCCACUUCCUCUGAAGGUCCUCCAGCCCCUUUGAAAGCUCUUGCUUUGGAGUCUAGCCUCCAGGGCUGCAGAGAGGAGCUUUGCAGAGCUCAGGCUUGUGGAGGACUUGGUGCCCCCAGACGGCUGGCCUCAGUCUCUCUCAGCUGCAGCACCAGUACCAUGUCCCGAGCGGGCUUGCAUCCCGGGAGGAGCUUGGCGGGGCCCUGGCUGUGGGGAGUCCAGCCCCGCCCGCCGAUCCCUGCCGGGCCCCGCCGCUCCAGACUGGUGUGGCCGCUGCCGCUGCUGCCGCUGCUGCCGCUACUACUAGCCUCCUUCCUGCCCUCAGCCUGGCCAGCCAGCCCCCUCCCCCGGGAAGAGGAGAUCGUGUUUCCAGAGAAGCUCAACGGCAGCGUCCCUCCUGGCCCGGGUUCCUCUGCCAGGCUCUUAUACCGCUUGCCGGCCUUUGGGGACACGCUGCUACUAGAGCUGGAACAGGAUCCCGGCGUGCGGGUCGAGGGGCUGACAGUGCAAUACUUGGGCCGGUCGCCCGAGCUGCUGGGCGGGGCAGAGCCAGGCACCUACCUGACCGGCACUAUCAAUGGUGAUCCAGAAUCGGUGGCCUCUCUUCACUGGGAUGGGGGAGCCCUGCUGGGAGUGUUGCAGUAUCGAGGGGUUGAACUUCACCUGGAGCCCCUGGAAGGGGGCUCGCUUAACUCUGCUGGGGGACCUGGAGCUCACAUCCUACGUCGGAAGAGUCCUGCCAGUGGCCAGGGGCCCAUGUGCAACGUCAAGGCCCCUCCGGGGAACCCUGGUCCCGGCCCCCGAAGAGCCAAGCGCUUCGCUUCGCUGAGCAGAUUCGUGGAGACCCUGGUGGUAGCCGACGACAAGAUGGCGGCGUUUCACGGCGCGGGGCUGAAACGCUACCUGCUGACGGUCAUGGCAGCGGCGGCCAAGGCCUUCAAGCACCCAAGCAUCCGUAACCCCGUCAACCUGGUGGUGACCCGACUGGUGAUUCUGGGGUCAGGCGAGGAGGGGCCCCAGGUUGGGCCCAGUGCUGCCCAGACCCUACGCAGCUUCUGUGCCUGGCAACGGGGCCUCAACACCCCUAACGACUCGGACCCGGACCACUUUGACACGGCCAUCCUGUUUACCCGGCAGGACCUGUGCGGGGUCUCCACUUGUGACACUCUGGGCAUGGCUGAUGUGGGCACCGUCUGUGACCCUGCUCGGAGCUGUGCUGUUGUGGAAGAUGAUGGACUCCAGUCAGCCUUCACAGCGGCUCAUGAACUGGGCCAUGUCUUCAACAUGUUGCACGACAACUCCAAGCAGUGCACUGAUCUGAAUGGGCAUGGUAGUACCUCCCGCCAUGUCAUGGCACCCGUGAUGGCGCACGUAGAUCCUGAAGAGCCGUGGUCCCCCUGCAGUGCCCACUUCAUCACCAACUUCCUGGACAAUGGCUACGGACACUGUCUCCUAGACAAGCCAGAAGCUCCCCUGCAUCUGCCGGUGACUUUCCCUGGCAAGGACUAUGAUGCCGACCGCCAGUGCCAGCUGACCUUCGGGCCCGACUCGCACCAUUGUCCACAGCUGCCGCCACCCUGUGCCGCCCUCUGGUGCUCUGGCCACCUCAACGGCCAUGCCAUGUGCCAGACCAAACACUCACCCUGGGCCGAUGGCACCCCUUGCGGACCCGCACAGGCCUGCAUGGGGGGCCGCUGCCUCCAUGUGGACCAGCUCCAGGAAUUCAAUAUUCCACAGGCUGGUGGCUGGGGUCCCUGGGGACCGUGGGGUGACUGCUCUCGGAGCUGCGGGGGUGGCGUCCAGUUCUCCUCCCGGGACUGCACAAGGCCUGUGCCAAAGAAUGGUGGCAAGUACUGUGAGGGUCGCCGCACCCGCUUCCGCUCCUGCAACACUGAAAAUUGCCCAACCGGCUCAGCAUUGACCUUCCGUGAGGAGCAGUGUGCAGCUUACAACCACCGUACAGACCUCUUCAAGAACUUCCCAGGACCCAUGGACUGGGUCCCUCGCUACACAGGUGUGGCCGCUCGGGACCAGUGCAAACUCACCUGCCAGACCCAAGCAUUGGGCUACUACUACGUGCUGGAACCAAGGGUGGUGGACGGGACCCCCUGUUCUCCGGACAGUUCCUCCGUCUGCGUCCAGGGCCGCUGCAUCCAUGCCGGUUGUGACCGCAUCAUCGGCUCCAAGAAGAAGUUUGAUAAGUGCAUGGUGUGUGGCGGCGACGGCUCCAGCUGUAGCAAGCAGUCGGGCUCCUUCAAGAAAUUCAGGUACGGAUACAACAACGUGGUCACCAUCCCGGCGGGAGCCACCCACAUCCUUGUCAGGCAGCAGGGAGCCCCGAGUCCCCGGAGCAUCUACUUGGCCCUGAAGCUCUCGGACGGCUCCUACGCCCUCAACGGUGAAUACACACUGACACCCUCCGCUACCGACGUGGUGCUGCCCGGAGCCGUCAGCUUGCGCUACAGCGGGGCCACUGCGGCCUCAGAGACGCUGUCUGGCCACGGGCCGCUGGCCCAGCCCUUGACACUGCAGGUCCUGGUGGCUGGCAACCCCCAGAAUGCACGUCUCCGAUACAGCUUCUUCGUGCCCCGGCCGGUGCCUUCCGCACCGCGUGCCACGCCCCAGGACUGGCUGCACCGCCGGGCACAAAUCCUGGAGAUCCUCCGGCGGCGCUCCUGGGCAGGCAGGAAAUAACCUCACCAUCCCGGCUGCCCAUUCUGGGCACCGGGCCUUGAACUAACUAGCAGGACAGGGGGCUUCGCGGCUGUCUCCUGCUGAGACACAGUGGGGAAGGGACCCCGGGAUGAGUCCCGCUGCUCCCCACGGCCCAACACGCAGGCUGGCCCUGCCCUGGUUUCCUGGUGGGCAGAUGCACGGGGGAAAUUGGCAGACAGUCCCCUUUAUCUAAACUGUCCCCUUCACACUGCUGGUCACAGGAGGGAGGGGGAAGGCAGGGUGGGCCUGGGUCCUCGUUGUAUUUAUUUAGUAUUUAUUCACUUUUAUUUAGCACCAGGGAAGGGGAUGAGGACUGGGGUCCAGGGGCAGCUAACCCCCACCCCUCACAGCCCCCACCCUAGCUAGGAAAUCUAGGGUGGUGGUGCUUGUCAGAACUUAUCUGAGAG